AUGUCAUCCGCUCGAGCCAUUAGAUUGGCUUUGGUGACACGAAAUCACAGGCCCUCGGCGCCACUGCAGCGUAUAGCACGCAGUUAUGCGACCACUCCGGGCACACCUGGCUCCAACUCUUCAGGCUCGUCUCCUGGUCCACACCACCACAAGCAAUCUGCAACGAAGUCAGUAGCACCUAAACCAUCUCCGAACGUCCAAAAAUCCACGUCGCCCGUACCUACACCGCCGGGUGCUCGACACGAGGUCCACGAGGGCACGGCGGCGCUCUCUGCUCCCUACAAUCCUCCUGGGGGAGGUGGACCUGGGGCUGGAGGAGGCGGCUUCACAUUCACAAAUUCACCCGUUCUCGAUGCUGUCCUCACGACUUUUAUCGGCUUGGGUGCCGUUUUCUUUGGGGGUAUCGCGUACAUGAGGUGGUACAAGGCAAACGUCUUGGACAAGAUCGAAGAGGCCUUCAAGGCUGGCUACGAUCCCGCCCUGGAGCUUGCCAAGGCGCAACCUGGUCGUAAAUCAAAGAGCGGCGACGACGAUGACGAUCCUUUCGACAGCGACGAACCAUGGACGGGCGAUCUGCGACGCAAGGAGCAGGAUCUAAUUGACAUGAUUGUCCACGGAGAGGAAGCCGGGCAUUAUUUUAUGCUCUUGGGACCGAAGGGAUCUGGAAAAGGCACGAUGAUAUUCGACUCUAUGGCUGCUAAUCAAGCGGACGGGGUAUCUUUCUGUGACGCGCAUCCUGACCUGGAGGUUUUCCGCCUGCGACUUGGCAAGGCCUUGAAUUACGAAUUCAAUGAGGAUACUCAAACCGGUCUCUUCCAACGGCGUGAUCCCAGGGAAGGAGGUGCUCCUUUGGAUAUUGAACGGGCCCUGAACAAGCUCGAGAAGGUAGCUCUACAGGCUGCGAAAGACCGCGGAAAGCCUUGGGUUCUAAUCAUCAACAACAUCCAUUACUUCCAAAACGAUGACGAGGGCAGGAACUUUAUCCUACAGCUGCAACAAAAGGCCGAGGCAUGGGCAGCCAGCGGGAAGUCCGGAAGUCGAAUGCACGUUAUCAGUGUCGAAGACCUUAAACGCUCGGAUGCCAUGCAGGCGCUUGCGCGAAUGCGAGCUAAGGCUGGUCGUCCCAAGGAAUCACCGGAAACAAUCAACGAGACGCUUGACUUGGUCGCCAAGGCGAAAGAUAUGGUGGGUAUGGCCAAGCACUUGUUAGCAGUUGAAAAGGGUUGGAUAUUAAGUCGAAUUGGAUUGAUCCCGGACUGCGACGACGACGUGAUGGACGAGCAAAAAUGGAGUUCCUGUUCAUGGCUGUUACUUCAAGAAUUCGUCAAAAUGCGGAAGGAACAAGAGAAGGAACGGGAGGAAGCUAUUGCUCGAGGAGAACUCGAUCCAGAAAACCUCGAAGAAUUGCCUAUGCCCGCUCUUUCCUACAUCAACCACGACGUUAGACCGGACUCGAUGCUUACCUUACAAGCGGCGAUUGAGGUUGUGGAGGAAGAAGGCUUCGAGGACUUGUUAGAGAACGUUCGAGAUCGUAUUGACGAAAUCGAGAGUCUGCGCCGAACGCGUGAAUUGACGUUCAAGGACGUGGUCAAGGGCGACAUGAUUCGUCUCUCGGUUGAUAAAGGAGGCGCUGAAUUGAUUGAGACCAUUAGAGGCAAAGGCGGUGACGAUGACGACUAG